UCCUGCAUGGAUUGAGACUUAUCCAGCUAGCCGAUGAUGCUCUCUAUCUGACAAAGACAUUUAUGGCGUAGCACGCCUCGGGUGGCUUACCGACUAUGACUUCAAGCCUGCGGCCUCCCUGGUUAAAAUAUUACCUCCAGCAAUGCUGCAAGCAGAUAAUAGAAGGGCUGGCACUUCUAUCUAUUGUUGAGUCCCGUGAGCGGUUGAGAGGUCUGAAGCCAUGCAUGCCUCAUCUAGUGAAAUAUCGCACCUGGCUGGAAAAACCACUGAUGAGGCUUCGGCGGAUAAACAUGCAGUAUUAGAAAACACAUCAGUGCUAGUUCCUCUCUCUGCUGAUGAGCAAUUUCGUAAAAUGGGGGACCCUACUAAUGUAGCCUAUUCUUCUCCACUGGUGUUUUCAUUUGUCGAGGCCAUCAUGCGAAUCAGAAACAACAUACAACAGAUCUUUACAGGAUCAGUUGACACUUUAGAGCUCCUCUUGCGAGAGAACGCUGUCGCUCAUGUUUACGAUCCAGUCAGCUUCGAUUAUGGUGACUUCAUCUGUGCACUUUCUGAUGCAGUGCCCGACUUGCGCAUACCUGAGAUUGGCGCCGGCACCGGAGGCACCACGGAACUCAUCUGCGGGGACUACAAAACUCGGACCAAUUUCCACGAUACUCCAAAUACACAUUCUCUGAUAUAUCUGCUGGCUUUUCCCCCAAGGCUCGUGAACGUUUUGCAAACGCCAUGAAUAUGGAAUUCAAGAUAUUCGAUAUUUCCCGAGACCCAUUAAGUCAAGAUUUUUAACCCGUAUGACUUAAUCCUCACUGCCAACAUAGUCCACACAACUCCAAGUCUGUCUUAGACGCUCCAAAAUCUAUAACCAUUGUUAUUACCUCGAGGCCAGCUCGUUCUCUCAAAGUUUUGCACCAGCUUUCGAGUGUCUAAUUAUAUAUACAGCAAUUUCUCAGGAUGGUGGCUUGGAGAGUCAGAUAAUCGCAAAUGGGAGCCAUACGUGAAUAUUGAUCGUUGGGACAAUGAACUCAAAGCAGCAGGCUUCAGCCGAGCAACGAUAUUGUACUUGACGCUAUAGAACCAUAAGCUUUUCAAUAUUGUGUCACGAUUG